AUGCUGAUACGAAUACGGACCCUCGUUGCCAUUGCAAUAUGCAUAUUUCUGAUCUCUACAUCAAUCGUUCACGCUCAAUCCAACCCGUUUGACGAUCAAAGAGUGCAAGCCUCAAAGGACCAUGUCCAAAAGCCGGAGGAGCAGGCCAAUCGCAAUCCUUUUGAGGAUCAAACAGUGAAGAAGAACAAGGACAAUCAAGCUGAACAGCCAAAGGAGCAGUCUGGCGGCAAUCCUUUUGAUGAUCAAGUUGUGCUCAGCAGCAAUGACUCGGGUGAGAAACAGAAGGGAAAGCCCAAUGGAAAUCCUUUCGAGGAUCAGAGGGUGAAACCCUUGUCGCAGGACUCGAAGCCUAGCAACCGCGAUCCCUCUGACCAGAAGGAAAAGGGGAAGCCAAACAGUAAUCCCUUUGAGGAUCAGCGGGUGAAGCCUUCCACAGGUGAUUCCAAGCCCAGCUGCAGCGACGAAGAAAGGAAGAAGAGACAGGACGAAGAAGACAGACAAAGGAAGGAGAAACGGGACAAGGAGGACGAAGAAAGGAAAAAGAAGUGGGAUAAGGAAGACGAUGAGAGACGGAAAAGGCUGGAGAGAGAAGACGAAGAAAGGAAGAAGAGACAAGACGAAGGGGACAGAGAAAGGAAGGAGAAAUGGGACAAGGAGGACGAGGAGAGACGACAAAGGCUGGAGAAAGAAGAUGAAGACCGGAGGCAGAGACUGGACGAGGCCGACAGAGAAAGGAAGAAGAAGUGGGAUAAAGAAGAUGAGGAACGAUUGAAGAAGUGGAAGGAAGCAGAUCAGGAGAGAAUGAACUCCCUGAAGGAUCCGGCGUGUUUAUGCAGUGGUUCGUGUUGUACAGUGUACAGUGAUACUUUCUAG